CUAAGCCAUAAUGUUUCAAUUUUUCGUUAAUACCUUCUCCAAUACUGCUAGCAUCUCUGCUAAUCUAAAUGAUCAACACGCUCGUCUAUUUUUGUCUUCUGCAAUUUGUGGGCUUACCUUAAUAUGGUUUGCAUUAAUGUUUACCAAGAAAUCAAACAAGAAACAGCCACCAUUGCCACCAGGACCUAAACCAUUGCCUCUAGUGGGAAAUCUCUUGUCCGUUGAUCCUGAACUUCCCGCAUACUUCACAAACUUGUCCAGAACCUAUGGUCCAAUCAUGACUUUUUGGCUUGGCAAAAAGGCAGGAAUUGUCAUUAGCACUACCAGAUUGGUGAGGGAAGUGCUAAAGGAUCAAGACACCACAUUUGCCAACCGGGAUGUGCCCGCGGCCGCCAGGGAAAUCGCUUACGGUGGCUCAGACAUUGUCUGGACACCAUAUGGACCGGAGUGGAGGAUGCUGAGGAAGGUUUGCGUUCGUGAAAUGCUGAGUUGUGCUACUUUAGACACCGUUUACGCCCUCAGGCGCAAUGAACUUCGACAGAUGAUCAAGUACAUUCACAGCCAAGCUGGAAAACAAGUAAAUGUGGGUGAGCAACUUUUUCUGAGUGUGUUAAACGUGAUUACUAACAUGUUGUGGGGUGGUACAGUGAAAGGAGAUGAGAGGGCCGGUGUUGGAGCCGAGUUCAGGAAAGUGAUUACUGAGAUCACUGGAUUUCUGGGAAUGCCUAAUCUGUCAGAUUUUUAUCCUGGUUUGGCUAGAUUUGAUCUGCAAGGUAUCCAGAAAAAGAGCAAGGUUUUGGCUCAGAGGUUUGAUGCAAUAUUUGAGAAGAUGAUAGCGCAAAGGCGACUCAAUGAUAAUGGGAGCGAAAGCAAGGACUUUUUGCAGUUCUUGCUGCAGCUGAAAGGUCAAGGAGAUGCCAGGACGCCUCUUACAAUGACUCACAUUAAAGCUUUACUCAUGGUAAUAUCUGCCAUUUAA